AUGUCAGACAAAAGUGAUUUAAAAGCAGAACUUGAGCGCAAAAAGCAGCGUUUGGCUCAGAUAAGAGAAGAAAAGAAACGGAAGGAAGAAGAAAGGAAAAAGAAAGAGGCCGAUCUACAGCAGAAGAAGGAGCCAGCUCAGGAAGAUUCUGACCUCGACCGCAAAAGAAGAGAGACAGAAGCUUUGUUACAAAGUAUUGGUAUAUCCCCAGAACCACCUCUAGUCCCAACCCCUAUGUCUCCCUCUUCGAAAUCAGUGAGCACACCCAGUGAUGCAGGCAGCCAGGACUCGGGAGAUCUGGGACCCAUAGGAAG